AUGCGCUCGCUCAGGUCCAAGCGAUCCUCCUGAGCUAGUCUACGCAUGCGCCAGCUCUGGGCUCACGAUAAGGGAUCAGCUAGCGUCUUCGACCUGGUGUGCGCCUGCGUGGAGGGGCGGGGCUUGAGGAAGGCUCGCUCAUUUGCAUUUCUGGCGGGAAAGGCGCGUGUGAGCCGUUCGCAACCGCCAUUAGUCGUCGGUGGCCCUCAGCUGUGUCCCGAGAGGCACGACUUCAGGUACGCCCUGCCUGUGGCGACUUUCCCGAGGGGAGCCACGUCAGCCACACCCGAAAUUAUUACUGGACUCCCCAGAGCUGUCUGGGCAGGCUGCCCCUUUCCCAGCCCUCCCUGCAGCAGAGCGGAGGGGAGAACUUCAGCAGCAGCGACAGAGGCACAGGAGUGGUCCAUGGACCUGCCAGAGGACCCGGCUGGUUCCACUGAACCAAUGUACCUCUGGGAGCAGCCUGAAGAGGUGACUUCAGGACCACUGCUCAGCCUGGAGGAACAGAUCCUUAACUCCACAUUUGAAGCCUGUGACCCUCACAAGACAGGCACUGUGGCUGUAACCCACCUCCUGGCCUACCUGGAGGCUGUGACAGGACAAGGCCCCCAAGACGUGCGUCUCCAAACACUGGCCCGAAGCUUAGACCCUUAUGGGAAGGGUGAUGGAGCGACUGUGGAGUUGGACACCUUUCUGGUGGUCAUGCGGGACUGGAUUGCUGCCUGCCAGUUGCAUGGGGGAUUAGAGCGGGCAGAGGAGACGGCCUUCGGGGGAGCCCUAGCUUCUCCACACCUGCCAUCUGCAUGCCCAGAAGCUGAGGAGCCAGCCAACUUAGAGAGCUUUGGAGGAGAAGACCCCAGGCCUGAGGGACCUGCCACAGCUGAGCUGCUGAGCAGCCUGGAGGACCUGGAGCUCAGCAACCGGCGCCUUGCUGGUGAGAACGCCAAGCUGCAGCACAGCGUUGAGACUGCUGAGGAGGGUUCAGCGCGCCUAGGGGAGGAGAUCGCAUCCCUGCGCAAGCAGCUGCGAAGCACCCAGCAGGCCCUGCAGGUGGCCAAGGCUUUGGAUGAAGAACUAGAGGACCUGAAGACUCUGGCCAAGAGCCUGGAAGAGCAGAAUCGCAGCCUGAUGGCCCAGGCCCGGCACACAGAGAAGGAGCAGCAGCACCUGGUGGCUGAGGUGGAGAUGCUACAGGAGGAGAAUGGGAAGCUGCUAGCCGAGCGAGAUGGCGUGAGGAGGCGGAGUGAGGAGCUAGCCACAGAGAAAGAUGCUUUGAAGCGGCAGCUCCGUGAGCGCGAACAGCUCCUUUGUCAGCGUGAAGCAGUCCUCUCCGAGCGCACCCGCCAUGCAGAGAGUCUGGCUCAGACUCUGGAGGAGUACAGAACCACCACCCAGGAACUAAGGCAAGAAAUCUCAAACUUGGAGGAGCAGUUGAGUCUGAGCCAGGAAGGCCCAGAGGAGUUCCUGGAACGGGCUGAGGUGGGAAGAGUAGGCUGGAUCAUGGCAGCACCCCCAUCACUGGACCUGGAGAUUCAGGCUAUCCGGCAGGAGCAGGACAUAUCAGGUGUUGGCCUCUCCAGUCCUCUGUAUGGAGUGUGGCAGUGGGAGGAGGCUGAGCCGCAUGAGGAAGCUGAAUGUCCCUCUGAGAGAAACUUCCAGAGAGAGCCACUGCAUGCUCUAGAAGGAAGCAGAACACCGUUCUCAAGGUUGUCCAGAAGACAGGAAGAAGAGAAAGAAGAAGAGAGCUGGGUCCUGGUUGGCCCCACCAGCCCUCUGGGAACCCCUGGCUAUGAGCUUGACCCAGGAAGCUCUCCUGAGAGCUGUCAAGAUGUGCCAGAGGUGCAACAAGCCCUCAUGCCUGUGGUGAGAGAGCUGGUGCCAGUCUGCCUGCGCCCCCAGCACUCCCCAGGGCUCAGAAUCAGCCAACAUCCACUGGUCCCCACGCCCGUCUGGGGCCUGCUGCUGCUGCUGCUCUCCAUCCUGCUGCUGAGCCAGUCCCCGACACCCACUUGGCCACACCUGCAGCUCUACUACCUGCAGCCCCCACCAGUGUGAGACGCCGUACCCCACUGUGCCUCCUCUGUCCCUGAUUCAGAGUCAGGACACGGG